UUCAGGCGGUCACUGCCUGAUAGGAGUAAUGGCUGCCUUCGUUGCAAUGGCUAGAACGGGUAACAACACAAGAGGCAUAUCAGAGCGUUUUAGCUGACCGGGAAGAGCUCACAUCAGCGGGCACCCCCUCCUACCCGGGUUUCAGAGCGGAUGGGUAGAGGGGGUCUUGCCAAAGGACACACGAAGCGAAAGAGACUCGGAGGGAAGGAGAGGAAAGCUAACGCCACCUUGAUUGCUAGCGUUAGCGGGCUAUCAACAGGAUUGUCACUGCCGGGGGAACAAACCCGAGGAGCCGUGACAAGUGUGUGUCGCGGGGGUUGGAGGAAGCGGCGACUGAACCCUGGAGCGUGUGAACAAAUAACCGGACUUGUUCUAACAUGAGUGGACCGGGACAGGACAGCGAGCCAGAGGCGAAAGUCCUUCACAUCAAGCGGCUUUAUAGGGCUGUGGUGGAGUCUGUGCACAAGCUGGAUGUCAUCAUCGGCAGUAAAGCGUCCUACAGAGAGGUCUUCAAGCCGGAGAACAUCAGCCUUCGCAACAAGCUGCGAGAGCUUUGUGUGAAACUGAUGUUUCUCCACCCUGUCGACUACGGCCGCAAGGCGGAGGAGCUGCUCUGGAGGAAGGUUUACUACGAGGUCAUCCAGGUCAUCAAGACCAACAAGAAGCACAUCCACAGUCGCAGUGCUUUGGAGUGUGCCUACCGCACGCACUUGAUCGCCGGCGUGGGUUUCUACCAACACCUGCUGCUCUACAUCCAGUCCCAUUACCAGCUGGAGCUGCAGGACUGCAUCGACUGGACGCACGUCACAGACCCUCUGAUCGGCCGAAAGAAACCAGUGUCUGCCUCCCCCAAGGAGAUGGAGUGGGCACAGAUGGCGUGUCAUCGCUGUCUGGUGUACCUCGGAGAUCUAGCCCGUUACCAGAAUGAGCUUGCCGGUGUGGAGGCUGAGCAGCUGGCUGAAAGGUUUUAUCAUCAGGCCCUUUCUGUCAUGCCACACAUGGGAAUGCCUUUUAACCAACUGGGCACAUUGGCAGGAAGCAAGUUCUACAACGUCGAAGCAACCUACUACUACCUACGCUGCAUCCAAUCAGAGGCCCCCUUUGAGGGCGCCUAUGGCAACCUGAAGCGUCUGUUCGACAAAGCUGCUAAGAUGUACCAUCAAGUGAAGAAGCAGGAAAUGAAGAAGCUGUCUCCAUCUCGUCAAAGAUCAAAAGACAUCAAACGCCUCCUGGUGAGCUUCAUGUACCUGCAGAGCCUCCUGCAGCCCAAGAACAGUCUGAUGGAGACUGAGGUGACGUCACUCUGCCAGUCGGUGCUGGAGGACUUUAACCUGGUGCUGUUCUACCUGCCGCCUAUCACACAUGGUGGCGCUCACCAGUCGCCGAGUGAGGAAGAGGAGGAGCAGCAGCACAGUGACAGCUCCUGCCCCGUGCUGCCUGACACCCUCGUCUUUAAGAUGGUCGUCACUUGUCUGAUGGUGGUGCACAGCCUGAAGAGGGGAGGAUCGAAGCAGUACAGUGCAUCCAUCGCAUUCACUCUGGCCCUCUUCUCCCACCUGGUGAACCACGUGAACAUCCGGCUGCAGGCUGAGCUGGAGGAAGCGGAGAGCCAGGUGCCUCCACUUCACACUGAUGCCACUGAUGAUCUGGAGAUCAGGGAUUUGGCAUCUUUACCGACGGAUCACUCCGAAGAGAAGCCUCUGCAGAAUGGCUCUCUGGAGCAAGAAGAUGAAGAGGAGGAGGAGGCAGCUAAGGAGGAAGAUGGCCCCGAGAAGGUUGUUGCCAUGAAGCAAAGCAGCGUGGACGAACAGCGCAAGGCUGAAGACGACAAACAGAGGCAGAAGAAGAAAUACACUCGCCUGUCUCGACUCCGCCGACGGCGCUGUGCUCACAAGGACGGCCGAGGAGAGGACGACAGUGACCUCAGCGAAGGCUUUGAGAGCGAAGACGACGAAGACGAUGACGAGGAGAAGCGCGGACGUUGCGAUUCAACUGGUGGCACCGCAAAAAGAGCCCCUCUCAACUCGUCCUCUGUCAGAAAGGAGACAAAGAGAGACCCCCUGGGUGAGGAGGGCAGCUGGGGGAGUGGCUCCGAGGAGGAGGAGGAAGGAGGAACAGCGUUUGAUGUUGAGACCGACUCUGACAUGAACAGCCAGGAGUCCCGCUCAGACCUGGAAGACAUCGAAGACGCGGAGAGCUCGGACAACUUGGAGGGUCAGGCUCGAGAGCACCAGGAUGAAGAGGAGGACGAAGAGCAACCUAAGGAAGAAGGAGGCGAGAGGAACGGCGACACUCCUCCGACUACCAACGGGCCGCUGUUGCCCACCGACUCCAGCAUCAGCAGUAACCUCCAGGCCAUGUCCUCACAACUCUUUCAGGCCAAACGCUGCUUCCGCCUGGCACCGACCUUCAGUAACAUGCUGUUGAGGCCUCAGGCCUCGUCCUCCGUGGAUAUUCCCACCUCCACUGAUGCUUCGGCUCCGCCCUCCCAAGAAACUCCGCCUCCUCCAGGGGAGUCCUCCAGCGACAUCAACCCUGGCACUGCCAACGGAACCAGUGAACAUGAUUUGGAUUCUGAUUCAGAGGGGAGUGAACCCAGUUCUCAGUCCGUGCCCAGUGAGAAAACCCUCCUGGAGAAGCUGGAGAUCUUGACCAAUCAGGGUUUGAUCCAAGUGGUGAAGGUCUUUGUCGACUGGCUAAGGACCAACACUGAUAUUAUCCUCAUGUGUGCACAGAGUUCUCAGAGUCUGUGGAACCGACUGUCUGUCCUGCUCAACCUGCUGCCAGAUGGAAACAAGAUGCUCGAGGCUGAGCUUGGUCUGAACACAGAGUUGACGCAGCUGUUAAAUGAGUGUGAACAGCCCGGUUUGGUCCAGACUCUGCUGCUGCCCGAGGACGUGGCUCUGCGACACUUGCCUGCUCUCGGCGUUGCUCACCGCCGCCUUGAUUUCAGCCGCCGCAACACCUCCCUCAGCCCCCUGCAGGAGUGUGUGGUGCGAGUGUGUUGCAUUCGCAGUUUUGGCCACUUUGUAACAAAUCUUCAGGGCAACGUGCUUCACUUCAACCCAGAGGCGGGAAUCUUCACCAGCAUCAGCCAGUGUGAACAGGACAAUCUGGUGCAACAGGCAAAGGCCCAGUUCAGAAUGGCGGAGGAGGAGGCGCGUCGAAAUCGCUUAAUGAGGGAUAUGGCCCAACUUCGAUUACAGUUGGAGGUGUCGCAGCUAGAGGGCAGCCUUCAACAGCCCAAGGCUCAGUCGUCCAUGUCUCCUUACCUGGUGCCAGACGCAGCUGCUCUCUGCCACCACCUGAACCUCGUCCGACAGCUGGCCGGCAGCGGCUGCUUCAUCAUCAUCAUCCCACGGACAGUAAUCGAUGGACUUGACCGACUGAAGAAGGAAAACCCUGGUGCGAGGGACGGCAUCCGCUUCCUGGAGUCUGAAUUUCGCAAAGGCAACAGGUACAUACGCUGCCAGAAGGAGUCGGGUCGUAGUUUUGAAAGAGACAAGCUGAAACGGCAGGACGUGGAAGCCUGGCAUCUGUAUAAGAUGGUGGACAGUUGUCGUCAGUUAACCGUCUCCCAGAACAACGGAGAUGAGGACACGGCCGGCAUGGUGACCAUUCUGACCGGCCAUCAGGUGGAGGAGCUUUGCAAUCGAUCAGCAGCUAUGAAGACGGCGUUGCAGGCAGCUAGCUCGGCGGGCAUGGAGCUAAAGAAUAUCGUGGAUUUCUACCGGCAGUGGAAGGAGAUGGGCUGAGAGGUCAAAAUGGCGGCAGCUGUCGGUGCUGCGAACAGCUGAUCGAUCACAACACUCGCUCCCUCUCUCUCUCUCCCACUCUUUUGUGUAUCUGCGUCUCCGAAGGGCAAAAAAAAAACAAACAAAAAAACAACAACCGACAUGUAAAAGCGGUGUGGAAGGAAGAGUUCAGGCUUAGAGAGCUGGAAAAGGGAAGACAGUGGAGUAAAAAAAUUAAAAAAUAACAAGAAGAGACAAGCGAGGGGGGAGGGGAAGUGGCACUAAAAGAAUAACAGCGGCACAUCGGCCACUUCCAAUCCUUUUAACAUAAAGAGUGACCCCUAGUGGUUGGGGUGAGGGAAAUGGUGGGGGACGCGAGACAACUUUUAAAGUGCCCCUGGUUCACACCCUAACCAGGAAUACACUGUAUAUGUUAGCAAAACGAGUACAUACGUGUCGAGAGAGAAACCGCGCUCGUGCACGCACACACAAACACACACACACACACACACACACGAACACACUCGCGCUCAGAUGAGUCCAUAUAGAUAUUUAGAGCGGUAGUGGUUUGGAUUUUCUGUUCCAUCCCUUUUCCCCCUUCUUCAGUCUGUAUUUGAGAAACAGGGUCGAGAAGGUUGGAGCCUGAUCGGGCGACGUUUUUGUAAACUAGCGGGCGAUGAUGACGACAAACGCACACACACACACACACACAGACGGUGACAGUGGAGACGCCCAGCCUUCGAAAUCAGACGAGCGCUCUCGCAGCUCGUUGGCGGGUAAAGGUUGAGGCCGGAUGUACAAUUCUUCGGGAUCGGUUUCUUUCCUAUGUGGCUUUUUUUUCCGAUUAGUUUUUUUUCUUUAUUUGCAGUGUACUUUUUGUGACCAGUGACUUAUGUAUUGUGCUAAGAGAAAAGAAAAAAAAGACACGACAGGCGUUUGCCCUGUGAGAGGUUUUUAAUUUGGAUUUUAUUUUUGUACCCAAAUGACGUUUAUUUUGCUUUUUUUUUGUAAGCUAAAUUUGAGUGACAUGUGUAAGGGAAAGGAUUUGAUGACGCCUGUGGAUCCUCUGAAGUAGAAUUAAAACAAAAAAAAGAAGGAUUCUGAUUUUAUUUAUCACAGUGUCGUGUUAGACCGAGGAGCUGGUUAGCGUCACGUUGUAGCUAAUCAUCGAGAGAGAGGAGGGGACUGGCUGAUUCUUUUUUUUUUUCUCCCUCCCUUGAGGAAUUUGGGACCCCAUGUAAACUCCUAAUAAUGUAUCCCAUCAACAUCAGCAUUUCCAUAGUGACUGUCCCAUCAUACACCAUGCAAAAUAGAAACCCGUGUAUGUGUGUGUGGCCAUGCAUUGAACAAUAAAAAGGAACUCAUAAGAUGAUG